AUGCUAACAUGUGGCCAGACCGGAACACCCCGUGGCGGAGAGGAUGGAAGGCCUGGCGGCUUGCCGCCGCCUCUUUACGCACAGCUAAUGUUGCACUGGCUUGGCCUCCAUGCCCCGCGUCGCGAGAUCCUUGUCAAGACCAACGACAGUGGCGUGGCAAUCGGGCAGGUCUUGAAGUUUGCCGGCCAGAGGAAUCCAAAGGUCCUUCUCCAUCAUUACCUGGACGACAUGAGCACAAUUGACGGCGCAGCUAUCUUCCUUGGAACGAACCCCAGGAAGGACCUCACGCAAGAUUUUCGCUCGGCAACAAUGAAGCGGAAUGCGCAGCUACCCCAAACGCUGCCGUCCGAGGUCAAGGCAGCGCUGGAGAGCCAGCAGGAAUAUGCACGCCUGAGCGACAAGCUCGAGCGUCUUGCGCCGGAAAGGGGAACGGCUGCCGAGGCGCAGCGAAAGCAACUGAACAACGAACGGCGAAAAAUUGUGCUCACGGCCUUGAAGGACUACCAAAUGAGCCAAGUCCAAGCUUAUCCCACCAAAACAAAGGAGCAGAGGCGGUGUAGGUGUGGCUAA